AACAGCUGUGUUACAGUCACUUCACUUGCACACACACGACGGCAGUGUGAACAUUCGGAAACACAAAGUGCACGUCCAGCUACUCACCUCGAGAAUCACAUAUGAAGAGGAGCUAGCGGCGCUAGCUGGGUAGCUUAGCUAAAGUGCUUCAGUGCCAAUUUUUCUCUUCUAGCUUUUCUAGGCAUUCGUCGAAUCUUCGAGAACAGCGACGCCCGAGCGGUGGAGUCAGGUCCGCGGUGGAGAACACAAGCGCAGCGAGCUCCCGAGUGCAGACCAUCACUCAUCCGAAACACAACGCUUAAUAAGCCCAAUCAGAACCCCCCCUCCCCUGCUGCGAUCAGCAUCAGCUCCGGUCUUCCUCUUGACAGCAUGGGCCCGAAGAAGAGAGGAGCGAGGAAGAGGAAAAGUGAACAGGAUCUGGAAGGAGAGAAGGAGGAAGAGGAGAAAACAGAGGAGGCCGAUCAGAGGGGAGAAAGGAGGAGAAAGGAUCGAGGAACCAAGAAGUACAUUGGUGCUCAUGUUGGGAUUAAAGGUGGAAUCUGGAAAGCAGUGGAGACCUGCACAGACAUUGGGGGCAGCAGCUUCGCCCUGUUUCUUGGCUCCCAGCGCUCCUGGAAGAGGCCUGCCCUGGACCAGGCAGCUGCAGCCAGGUUUCGGGAGCAAGUUUCCCUCCAAGGGUUCGACCCAGCCCACAUCCUGCCUCACGGGUCCUACCUGAUGAACUGCGGGUCUCCCAAAGAGGAUGUGUUUGAGAAGAGCCAGGCCCUGCUGGUGGAGGAGCUCGGCCGCUGCAGCCUCCUGGGACUCCACCUCUACAACUUCCACCCCGGCUCCUCGCUGGGCUCCAUCACCACUGAGCAGUGUGUGGAGAAAAUUGCGAGCGCUAUCAACCACGCUCACCAGCAAACACCUGCUGUGGUUACAGUGUUGGAGAACAUGAGCGGCCAGGGCAGCACUUUGGGAGGAAAGUUCUCUGAGCUGAAAAGCAUCAUAGACAAAGUGAGAGACCAGGCCAGAGUUGGAGUGUGUCUCGAUACCUGCCACGCCUUCGCAGCAGGUUAUGACGUGGCGGCAGUGGGAGGAGUGAGGGCCAUGCUCGACGAGUUUGACCAGGAAGUGGGGCUCCACUUUCUCAAAGCCAUUCAUCUCAAUGACUCCAAAGGUAAACUGGGCUGCAACCUCGAUCGCCAUGAAGACGUGGGUAAAGGUCACAUUGGAGUUUCUGCUUUCAGAGACAUCGUCAAUGAGCCGAGACUCGACAACAUCCCCAUGAUACUGGAGACACCUGGACGGGCAGGAUUCGAGUUUGCUGAGCAGAUUGAAUUUCUCUAUUCCCUCCUUGAGAAAAAAUAAAAUAAAUACACUUACUGCUGAAUUAACACUUGGUCAAGGACCAAAGUGGAUGAGGUGUUGAAUGUCGUUCCCCUUAAACACACACAGAAGUUAUGUGGUUGUAUAAUCCCAAUUUAAAAAUGUUUAAGCAAGAAAUGUUCUUUUUUGAUUGAACUCGUUAAAUAAAA